AUGGCUAAAACUUUCCCCACCGAUUGGGAUAUAGAAGAUUACAGGGACGAUACGGAGCCGGACGAUCAUUGGGCGCUAAGAAAGGAAUUUAUGAGGGUUCAUAAGGGAAAAUUUUCGGAAGAGUAUCUGGUGGCUUUGGCCAGGACUUUCACUAAUAUUGAGUUUAUGGGGUGCAUGUAUCCUGCUGCUUUGAUGAUAAGGAUUGCAGAGUUAUCGAAGGAUGUUGCAAGGGAUUAUCGGGAAGUUAAAAAAACUAAAUUGCAGAGAACUUUUGUCUCUGCUUCGAACGCGGCUGAGAAUAAAGUCAGGUAUAUAGACAAAAGUUCGCUCUUUGUUUUGAUGAUAUUUUAA